CUCCAUCUCUUGCCUUUUUACGACAGUAGCUUCCUGCAUCUCUGUGGACUCACUGCGUCUAGCAACAGUUUGCCAACAUGACUCAUGCAUAUCCAUUUCUGGGAGCUGAGCAGAAGAAGGAGCUGAGUGAUAUCGCUCAGAGGAUCGUAGCUCCUGGAAAAGGCAUCCUGGCAGCUGAUGAAUCCACAGGCAGCAUGGCCAAGCGCUUUCAGAGCAUCAACGCUGAGAACACGGAGGAGAACAGGAGGCUUUACCGACAGCUCCUCUUCACCGCCGAUGAUCAGGUCAACCCCUGCAUCGGCGGCGUCAUCUUCUUCCACGAGACGCUCUACCAGAAGACAGACAAUGGCAAGCUCUUCCCCCAGCUGAUCAAAGAGAAGGGCAUGGUGGUGGGCAUCAAGGUGGACAAGGGUGUGGUUCCCCUUGCAGGCACCAACGGAGAGACCACUACUCAAGGUCUGGACGGGCUCUACGAGCGCUGUGCUCAGUACAAGAAGGACGGCGCCGACUUUGCCAAGUGGCGAUGCGUGUUGAAGAUCACCCCCACCACCCCAUCCAAUCUGGCCAUAAUGGAGAACGCCAAUGUGCUGGCCCGCUAUGCCAGCAUCUGCCAGAUGCAUGGCAUCGUGCCCAUUGUGGAGCCUGAGAUUCUUCCAGACGGUGACCACAAUCUGCAGCGCUGCCAGUAUGUGACUGAGAAGGUGUUAGCAGCUGUCUACAAGGCGCUGUCUGACCACCACGUCUAUCUGGAGGGCACGCUGCUCAAACCUAACAUGGUGACUGCUGGACACUCCUGCCCCACAAAGUACAGCCCUCAGGAGAUCGCCAUGGCAACUGUCACCGCCCUGCGCCGCACUGUGCCCCCCGCAGUGCCAGGUGUGACCUUCCUGUCUGGCGGUCAGAGUGAGGAGGAGGCCACCCUCAACCUCAACGCCAUCAACCAGUGCGCCCUGCACAGGCCCUGGGCCCUCACCUUCUCCUACGGCCGUGCCCUGCAGGCCUCAGCACUGAAGGCCUGGGGAGGCAAGAAGGAGAACGGCAAGGCAUGCCAGGAGGAGUACAUCAAGAGAGCCCUGAAUAACAGCAAGGCAGCUCUGGGGAAGUACGUGUCCUCUGGGGACAAAGGAGCAGCAGCUCAGGAGUCUCUGUUUGUGGCAGACCACGCUUACUGAAGUCCACCAGGCUGCUUCUCCUCAGCGCACUUCAUCCCCAUUCCACCCAGUCACUCCACCCACUCACUCCAUUCCUGCCCCAAAACAUCCAGCUUCAACAGGCUCCCUGAGAUAUCCUGAGUCUCCGAUUAGCAAACAAUUCGACACUAUUCCAUCAGUGAUGACAGUCUGGUUGGUAUAGUUUGAGACGAUGACUUUAAAAUCCAUUAGCCCGGUACAAACAGUCCGGCUCCAUCCUCCCUUUGGCUUUGAAGUGAGUGUUACUGUGCUUCCUCAUUCAGUGAGUUGUCACUUUAUUUUGUGUUUGUGCACUUAAACCCAGCAGAGAGAACAACAAGAGUUCCUCUACAGAGCUGUCCUCAGUCUGCAGUUCAGUCUGAGAUUUCUAACCGUGAAUGAUUCUGUAGUUCGUCUGCCUUCAUUAUUCAGCUGAACCGACUGCUGGACCGAGACUUUGUAGAGGAUGCUAGAAUGAAUAUACUGUAUGGUAUUAAUGUUGACACUGGAAAGAGAUUCACAUUAAAAUAUUCCACAACUAA